GCCACUCCGGUCGGUGCCCUGGCACGGCUUUGGGGUGAUGAGCCGCGCAGGGAGGAGCUUGUGAUCAGCUCAGCCCUCGCGCCUGGUGGCCCGCCCAGAGCUCAUGGUCACAGUGCUGCCUCUGGGGCUGCGCAGGCAUCAUGGAAUCGGCGUUCGCUUUCUCCGCAGAGGUCCCCAGCAGCCCCUCCACCACUUUUCAUCAGGGCUCAGGAUGCUGCACAAGGCUCCGAGACUCCACGAACACACUUCCAGGACUCACCAUCACCCUCUCGUGCGCAAAGCCGUCAGCAGUCUUCUCGGUGCAUUAGGCCGUCCGCGACUCCUUCACGGAUGGGCUUUCCUGAUCCGAAAAGUCCUCCGGCCGACUAUCGCCCGGUCCGGCAGGGCUCCAUGUCCCCAGCCCGGGCCGCCCGGCAGACCAUCGUGCCGCCUUCGAAGGAGGUCUCGAAAGAGGCUCCAAAGGAAGAGGAGGACCUCAUCCAUCAGCAUGUCCUGUACAUUCUUCGCAAGAAUCCGGAUGUGUCCAAGUCACGAAAGGUGCAGCAGGUCACACAAGGAGUCUACCUGGUGGAUGGACAUGAGGUGAACAUCGAGUGGAGGCACUCGCGCGAACCGGGGAAGCGUGGUUGCCCUGUUGUCGUGGACGGCCCAAUGCGCCAGCCGCUCAUCGACUACUUGAGAUUCAGCGAGGAGAACAAGGAGUACGAUACAGAGACGGUGGCUUGCACUACGUCAUUGCAUCAGGUUCCAAAAGACCAGCGCAUGACAUUCGAUGACAAGCACAAGCAGUACAGCCGUUUGGAGGCCAUGAAGGUGGCUAAGGAGCAGGCCUGCAUCCGCGAGCAAGCUGCAGACUACCUCUUGGAUGGCAAGCAGGUGCCAGACGACCUGGUGAGGCGAUACAACAAAGCAUUGCGAUCCAAGAUCCGCUGGGGGCCUAGAGGAUAUGGCUAUGGCUGGGUUGCAUUUGCUUCAGCCCUGGCACAGGUUCUCGAGAGAAGGAUAAGCCACUGCCCGAGACGCUUGGCUGACACCGAUUCCUUGGUAUGUUGGACAAUCCAGCGAGAUGCAGCAAAGAGUGAAGCCUUCUGCUGCUGCUGCUGCUCGUAG